AUGGCCAAUAAGGAGAGCCUGCCAGAACUGAGCACAGCCCAGCAGAACAAGCUGAAACAUCUGACCAUCAUGAGCCUGGCAUUGAGAAUGAAGUGCAUUCCCUUCUCUGUGCUUCUGAAAGACCUGGGGAUGCAGAAUCUCCAGGAACUGGAAGACCUUGUCAUUGAGGCUGUCUACCCUGACAUCACCCAGGGCAAGCUGGACCAGUGAACACUGCCACAAGUAGAUUUCUGCAUUGGCCAUGACAUCCGAAAGAAGGCUAUCAAUAACACUGUUAAGACCUUGCAUGAAUGGUGUAAUGGCUGUGAAACAGUUCUGCUUGGCAUUGAGCAGCAGGUCCUGAGAGCCAACCAGUACAAAGAGAACCACAACCGGGCUCAGCAGCAGGUGGAAGAAGAGGUUACCAACAUCAAGAAGAAGCUCAAAGCUACCACGUCCUCCUCGGCCCAGGAAAUGGAGCAGCAGCUGACCGAGAGGGAGUGUCCCUCUCAUGCUGAGCAGAAGCAGCCCACCAAGAUGUCCAAAGUGAAAGGUCUUGUCUCCAGCCGCCACUAG